AGCGUCGGGACAAAAAGGUCACUCGCGCGCAACUACGUCGCCCGUUACCCAAGUCCUGUGACCUGCCGACCAAUGAAGUGACAGAUGGAACAACGGAGGGGAGGGGCCGUUCGCACUGAUUGUGAUUCGGAGACAGACGAUCACGUGAAGGCAGGUUCUUUGUUGCUGGAGGUAAUAGUUGAGCGAGUGGUACAGUAUAUAGAUAAUUCAGAAGGUGAGCUCAUUUGUCUUAAAAAUGUGGAUGUGCCCUUCACCAGACAAAGAAGAUACAAUUUUUAAAAUCCUACCUUGGCAUAUGUUUCAGAAGAUCUCAAGCAUACAAUUUCUUUAGAAAGCAAGAUACAGAAGCCUGUCUAUGAUUGUAUAGUUCUAAUGCACUCUGAAAUGGAGUUCACUGACUGACAGCCAGCCCUUUGUCAGUAGAGAUGAAGAGACACAAUUGAUUCUACUCCCCUGAGCUGAAAUCGAUACCAUAUAUCUCAAGCAUUGAAAACAGUUUGGGAUACUUCUUCAGAACGAUGCAGUUCUUUGGUCGGCUCAUGACUACUUUCAACAAUGUCACCAACUUAUUUUCAAAUCCUUUCCGGGUGAAGGAAGUACCCUUGUCAGAAUAUGAAUCUCGGAAACGUGUGAAGUGGGAAGACAGGAUAGUCCUGUUUGAAAACCGUCCAUCUCAUUCCUGGGACUGCCUUCUCAUUAACCCUCAGAAUCAAGCAACUGCCUUCCGCCUUUUCCAAAUAGACAACGAAGGAGACGCAAAUGAGCACUUUGACCUGUACGUAAAGUUGUUGCGCCCAUUCUAUGAGAGCUAUCGCAACCCUUUGGCUCUGGAGACUUUGCAGCAGCUGACAGACUGUUUUAGAAGCCACCCCAGCUGGUCACUGGCUCACAUAGCUGUAGAAGUUGGACUUCUGGAAAGUUUCCGACACAAUCACAUCCUGAGCUGUGUAAACAGCAACAGCUCUGAAAAUGAAUGCACCCCACUUCACUUAGCUUGCCAGAAAGGGGAUGUUGAAUGUUUACGGGAGCUGAUGAACGAGUGCCAUGCCCGCCUGGAUCUCACGGACAAAAACGGAGAGACCGUUUUUCACUACGCUGUCCGAGGGAACAAUCCGAAAAUUAUAGAGCUCCUGGGCAGGAAGUCAACCUCUGCUUUGGAUCACCUGAAUGAUGAAGGGCAGAGCCCUUUGCACCUGGCCUGCCAGCUGGGCAAAGAAGACGCAGUUAUUUCUCUUCUGAAGGUUAAUGCCAAGUGCCAUAAUUUGGGAGCAUUCGGUUAUCCCAUCCACAUUGCUAUGAAAUACUCCCAAAAAAGAUGUGCAGAGGCCCUUCUUGAUAAGGAAAUCAACCAGAUUCAUUUGGUGGAUCCACGAUAUGGUGCCACACCACUCCAUUGGUCCAGAAAUGCUGAGAUGACCCGGCUACUUAUUGAGUAUGGCUGUGAAGUGGAUGCCCUUAGUGUCACAGGAGAGUCAGCUUUGCACAUUGCUGUGCGUCGUGGACGUUUUGACUGCACUAUGGUGUUGCUGACACAUGGGGCCAUGCCAAACAUCAAGGGGAAAGAUGGGAACACUCCACUCCAUCUGGCCAUGAAGCAAGACCACCUAGAAAUGAUCAAGGCCCUUAUUGUGUUUGGAGCGGAUGUGGAUGUCCACAAUGACUUAGGGGAGACGCCAGGGUUGGUGGCAGCCAGGACGAGUAAAGGUGCCAACCGGAAAGUUCUCUUAGAUAUGGUGAAAAGUAUAGGGGCUGACCGCUUCCAUCCACCUAGUCCAGCAACAUCAUCACUACUGCCACCUACUUCCAACAUUCCAGAAAGACCACGGAGCACUAGCCAAAACCUAGAGUUCCAAGACAUCAUUCAUGUCUCCACAACAUUUAGUAGCUUCCUGAGAAGGCCAGAUAUGGUGGACGCUGUCCCUGAGAGGACCAGAAACUAUGACCGUCUCUUGACUCUGGAUGGCGGAGGUGUCCGGGGUGUGGUUCUGAUCCAGUUCCUCAUUGCUAUAGAGAAAGCUGCAGGGCGACCCAUCAGGGAGCUGUUUGACUGGGUUGCUGGAACUAGCACAGGGGGAAUACUGGCCCUCUCUGUUGUCCAUGGGAAGCCGAUGGACCAUAUGCGCUGCUUGUACUUCCGCAUGAAAGAUGAAGUAUUUCGUGGUUCACGACCGUACGAGUCAGAGCCCCUCGAGGAAUUUUUGAAGAAGGAGUUUGGAGAAAACACUAGAAUGACAGAUUUUAAGAACCCCAAGCUUAUGUUGACAGCAACUUUGUGUGACCGACAGCCUGCUGAGCUCCACCUGUUCCGGAAUUAUAAUCCUCCAGACAGGAGAAGCAAGUCCCGUUCCAAGACAAGUAGCAUGUUUCAACCAAUGACUAAGCCAGAAGAUCAGCUGGUGUGGCAGGCUGCCCGUUCCAGUGGUGCUGCACCAACAUAUUUUCGGCCUUUUGGACGGUUUCUGGAUGGAGGGCUGCUGGCCAACAACCCCACCUUGGAUGCCAUGGCUGAAAUCAAUGAUUACAACAAGUCCUUAAUCCAGAACGGUCAGGGCCACAAAGUGAAGAAGCUGGGAGUGGUGGUCUCUCUUGGAACUGGCAAAGCUCCACAAGUUCCUGUGACCUCUGUGGAUGUCUUCCGUCCAUCAAACCCAUGGGAGCUUGCCAAGACUGUUUAUGGGGCUAAAGAACUGGGCAAGCUAGUGGUGGACUGUUGCACUGAUCCAGAUGGUCCGUGUGUUGACCGUGCAAGAGCCUGGUGUGAGAUGAUAGAUGCCCAUUAUGUCAGGCUGAACCCACCUCUGGACGCAGAUAUAAUGCUGGAUGAAGUGAGCGAUACGAUCCUGGUGAACCUGCUCUGGAACACUCAGCUCUACAUCUACCAACACUGGGGAGAUCUUGAGCUGUUGGUAGAGCAGCUCGUAACACCAUGAAGCUCGGCAAGACCCUGUGGCAUCAAUGUUGCCUCCUUCCAGUGGUUGCUUGGUGUACUGUCAAGGAGAGACACAUUCUGCUGGCCAAUGACUUGCUCUUGCUCUUCUCACACCAGGAAAAUCCAAAUGAAAGAGUUUUGGGAAACCACUUGCUGAAAGAGCUUCGAACUCCCACAGUCCAUGUACUUGCAGUGGCUGCGCUUUCUUGGUAUGACAGCGGCCAUGUGGAUUUUCAGUUUCCUUACACAACCAGAUGGCAUCAAAGUUGGAGCAUCUCUGCUCUUUCCUGGUGUGCAAGUCCAGUUGUAUUAUCUUUAAUGUCUUUAGUACCCUGGUUUAACCGUUGCAGUUUUCUGUCUAAAAUUUUAACUGACCAAUUAAUAUAGUUUUUUAACUGGUUGCUUUGUUCAUGUUUGCUCAUUAGAUUCUGAAUUUCUGUUGGCUGAGAGUGAGAUUUAUUUUCCUGCAUGAGGGCAUAGACCUAGUUUCCUACAUGCUGUUUUCUGUUAAAAUACUGUGCUUGCAGCAUUUGCUUGCUGCUCCUCUCCUCUUUUGUUGGUCCAGAUUCACUCUCUGUGGCUCUUCACGCUUACGAAGGUGGCCAUUCUUAUCUGAAUGGCAUUGAGGAGUGCAGGAAAUUUGGAGAUUAUUGGAUAAAUGCUUAUUGGUAUGUGGGGCAUUCUUGCUCUGCGUAUCUUCUAUCAAAGUUGUGGAAAGCUUUCGGUUUCCUUAUGCGAGGACAUUUCCAAAGAAGAGAGAAAAGCACAGGUUUGGUUCUACAUCAAAAGUUAAAUAGCAUUGAAGAGGAGGCCUGAAGGUGUCAGGCACAAAUUCUGUUUUUGUUCUCUCUCUCCCCCAUAGAUUUCUUCGUUAUUUAGGGGGAGGUGUCAACCCAUCAAUGGUACUGUAUUCCCUUAAAGGCAAGAGUUUAAAGUGCUGCUGUUAAUGAUAACUUAAUUGAUUUCUGCAUCUUCGUUAAUUUAAUAGAAUGUAUUUUUAAAAGUCCUGAUAAAUGUAAAAUCUAAUAAGUGAGCUCGUUUCCCUAUUACUUUUGUAAACCACUCCUGGUUUGUAUCAAGAUAAGCUGUGAAAUAGUGGUGUUAUAAGACUUGACAUAAAGACUUGAGACAACUGA